UUUGGAAAGAAAAAGGAGGAGAAGAAGGAGGCAAAGGCGGCUUUGCAGCGACAGAAAUCAGACAUUCUGAGCGACCUGGAGCUGGAGAGGUUGAAAGAAGAGAGAGAGAGGAUUGAAGCAGGGCAUCCUGAGCUGCGUGAACAAUUGUCUAGAGAGCAGCCGGGUGGCGGAGGCACAGGAUAUCCACAUUUCGAGGAUGAUGAUGCAGACCCAAACUAUGCCAGAAUACAGUCCUUCAGGGACAGAGAGAUGGGUUCAGGGCCGCCGCCGCCGCUGCCUCAGUCGCCCGUCUACAGUGCAGUUCAGCACGCUCACGCACGCACACCUUCACCACAGGGCCCCCCCAGCUUCCCAGCACAUGGGAAGCAUGCUAACGAAGCUGGAGUUCUCCCAGACGAUGACCCCCUUGAUAGGCUGUAUGCCAAAGUUAACAAACCGAGAGGUUCUGGAGCUGCGUCACCGCUUAGCCCUUCGCCAGCUCCCCCACAUGUAGGGGACAGCAGCAUGGACCGCAUCCAGCUGCUAAGAAGAGAGUAUCAGCAAGCGAGGCGAGAAGGCAUGGUGCCACCAUAUGAAGAACUUGACCCCAGACACAGAGGACAUGACAGCGACCCACACAGGAUACCAGGAAGAGGGACAGAUCCACGUCUGACACCAAGAUAUGAAGAGGUGGAACGUCAGUAUGCAUCCUUACCAAGACGAGGGCCGAUGGAUCCCGCUGACUACCCAAUGCAGCCAUGGUCGGGUCAUUACCCAGGACCUCCCCCAGCACAGCAGGGGUACCACGCUAACCAGUCGCCAACUUAUGCCAACAUCAACUCCCAGUCUGGUCCAUCAUUCUCCAGCUUCCAGCCUGGGCCGCCUUACCAACAGCAGAGAGACCCUCGAGGGAUUGAACCUGGUUUCUACCCUCACCCUAGCUCCCAGCAGAGAGGACCCCUGCGGCAGGACGUGCCUCCAUCUCCUACCCCUCCACUGCGGGCGCCACGGUACGACUCUAUGGCGCGUGGAACUGUGGGUGGAGGUUACAGGCACCAAAUGGAUCAAAGCACCGACCAGUAUGGCUAUACUGGUAAUAUAGGAGGACAGCAGCAUCAAACCAGUUCCAGAUAGAGGAUUCCUGUCACCACAACGUCCUCCAUCUGAAACAUGCAGACUUCACCAAACAUGUUGCAGCUUUUUCUACUAUUAAUGCUGAAUGAAUCAAACAAGCAGCGUCAUUCUGUCUGUGUGAAGGACAAAGAUACCUGUUUGACUUUUAACAGUUUUCUGAAUCACUCUAACAAUGAUGUUUUUUUUCUUUUUUUGUUUUGUUUUUUUGUGAAAUUACAUUUUAAUCCUUUUUCCACCAAUUUGAUUCAGUUGUUUAAGGCUGUGAGUUAGUCAAAGGCACAAAGAUAAGAAAAGACUUGUGCAGUCUUUCACACAUUUUGGUCCCAGAUGGUUUCAGGGCUUCUUAAAGUGACUCUAAAGGUUGGCGAUGAAAACAAAAACAGGUCAACAAAUGUUAUCUGCAUUACAGGACCACUAACAGAGAGAGAUCCUCCUCUGUGUUAAGAGAUUUGAGCAUAAAACCACUUACGUUCUUUCCAAUGUGACUGGAAGAAUUUUAUUAACUGUGAGUAGGAUGCAGAUUAUGGAAUAUAGGCGAUACAGUCGUGGCAAAAACUAAGUAAAUCCAUCAUUUGUAGAAUCUCAGUAGUUAUAUUUUGUCUGACCUUAUCUGCCUCUGUGAGACGUUCUGGCCCAGUUUUCUCUACAACAUGCCCUCGGUACAUUGAGUUUUACUGGUAUUUAUUCAAGCUCAUCUUUGAAGGUCCCAACAGAGCAUUUUAAUUCAGUUGCGGUCGGGAAGCCCAUAUCAUCACACCUCCAAUGCCGUGUUGGACAGUCAUUUGUCCUGUUACAGAUCAUAAGAUUAGACUUUGGAGCUUUUAUUGCUAUUUCUAUGAGCAUUUAAGGAAGUAAUUAAAGGAGGACUAGCAGCUUCCCUUAAUGUUUACCAGUAGUAAAUAUUUCCUCUAACUGUAGAAAUAUGGACUUUAUUUUUAAACAAAUAGCUCUUCCUAGAUUGAUUCAGAAAAAGCAAGAAACAUUCAGCAGGUAAAUAUGAUUAUCACCACUGUGCUGUUUCCCUCUAAUUCCUUUGGAGGUUUACUUAUUGUUUCUCAUGAAUGUAUUCAAGAUUUCUAUUGAGGCUGGAGUAUUUUUUAAACUCUUGUGUGUUUGGGUGCUCUUAGAUGAGUGAUUUGCUUUGUUGACCAGUGAGUUAUUUCCUUAAACUCAGCUUUUUCUUACCGUACUCUCUUAGAUAUUUUUUUUCUGAGUCCUGAAGUUACAUCACAGUAAAGUAAUGAUAGGCCUUUAAUAACAUUGCACUUUCAUCUUUAGCAAUAAUAUUUCUGUCAGUCAAGAUGAGUUUAAUUACAUUCCUAGCACAGAAUUAGAUAAGAUCCAAAUGGGAAACGUGAUGGCUCCGGCUCCGCAUUAGGUUUUGUAAUAUUUUUAUAUCAGAUAAAAUAGUAAUAAUUGGCUAAAUCUAAAGUUUGACAUUUGAAUCAAACUCAGAUCACAUUAGAUAUUCUGGACUUAAACUUUAUUUAAAAUGACUCCUACUGGAGUCUAUGAUGAACUCUGGUAUUAACUGUCAGUAUCUCUGGUCCUGUAUUUACAGUCUGGUGCUAAAACUGCUUUUCAUUUCAUUUUAUACCAGCCUGUGGUCGUCUGUGUUCUGCAGGAGCCGCUGCAUUAAGAUCCAGCAUCCAUGUCUGUAGGAGGGAAUGUUUUACAGAGCAGAUUUUUACUGCAGACAUGUUUCUGAUCUGAUUGUGUCGCCAUCAGUGUACUUCUUAUAGCAUAGAUGGAGUCAGUCUCUUAGUUAAACCAAACUGUUGAUUUACUCGGUUAAGUCAAAUAGUUUUGCUUCACACUACUGGAACUCAGCAGUAUUAACUUCAAUAGAUACUAACUGUUUGUUAUGUGUUAAAGAAUCCCCUACAGGGACUGAGAUACGGAUCUCAUUCGAAUGUUCAGAGAAAUUUACUAUGAAUAAUUAAAAAGAAUGUUUCUUACAUUAUUAGAUUUAUAUUUUUUUAUACAUUUAUGUAGGGUCUGUAGGAUUUAGAAUGAAUAAAAAUGAAAGACGAAUGAAGGUUGGCAGAAAGUAAGUAGGAAAAGGAAGGUUUAGAGAUAUUGGUGGGAUAAAAAAUGAAGGAGUAAAAA